GACUUGGCUUUGGUUAGGUAAGACUAGGUCUUAGGAUGUAAACUUGAAGCAUAUAGAACUCAUCCUUAAAAGGCUGUGAGUCAUUCAAUGGGAGAGCAAUACUUUAUUUUUCCUUCAUUUUCUUGGGCGUUCAAAGUUAAGUUGUAUUUAAAUUUCUUGUUCUUUCUUGGGGUCGGGGUCAGAGUUUUAUUUGUUUCUUUGCUUUGAGGGAAUCUUGAGAGUUGCUAAAGAAGAUACCAUGGCUUCUCUGGCGUUUCUUGUAGUUAGUCCUGUUGUUAAUGAGAUAGUUAAAGUUGCUUCUUCAUUAAUCAAAGAAGAGUUUCUUUUGCUCUGGGGUGUCAAGGAUGACAUAGUGAAGCUUUCAAGCAAUCUAACUGCUAUCCAGGCCACACUGAAUGAUGCAGAGGAGAGGCAACUCGAUGAGGAGCAUCUACGAGACUGGUUAGGAAAGCUUAAAGAUGCAGCUGAUGAUGCAGAGGACUUGCUGGACAUUUUUGCAGCAGAGAUUUUUCUUUGGAAGAAAAAGCAUGAGAAACGCAGAAUUCCGACCCCCAUAAGUGCAAGUAAGAUUUGUAUUCAAUCUGAUACUGCACAUAAGAUUAAGGAACUUUCAGCAAGACUAGAUAUAAUUGCUGAAGAAAGACAAAGGUUCCAUCUCAACAUCAAUGUCAAUGGUAGGAUGUCACAAUCCCAUGACCGGCCACCGACUGAUUACUUUGUGGACACAAAAAAUGUUUUUGGUCGGGAGGAUGACAAAGAGAGAAUAAUUGAUCUGUUGGAUAAUUCUGAUGAAGAAGGUGACCUCUCUGUCAUGCCCAUCAUUGGGAUGGGAGGCCUCGGCAAAACAACUCUUGCUCAACUCGUCUACAAUGAUGAGAGAGUAAAGGAGCGUUUUGAAUUAUCUAGGAUGUGGGUUUCUGUCUCAAUUGACUUCAACUUGACAAGGAUCCUUAGAGGGAUAAUGGAAUCUUAUUCCAAGAUGGCUCUUCCUGCCGACUUAUCACCAAACCUAAUAUUGUCGCGUUUCCGAGAUUUUUUGCCUGGAAAAAAAUUUCUACUUGUUCUAGAUGAUGUCUGGAAUGACAAUUACAGCGACUGGGAGCCACUUUUAGAACUCUUGAAAUUAGGGAAUAAGGGAAGCAAAGUUUUAGUUACUAGUCGAAGCAGAAAGGUUGCAGAUAUUGUCGGCACUUGCCCUCCCUACCUUUUAGAGUAUUUGCCUGAAAAUGAAUGCUGGUCACUAUUUGAAAGAAUUGCAUUUAAGAAAGGUGAUCUGCCAUAUCCUCGGAAGAAAGAUUUGGAAGAUAUUGGUAGGGAAAUUGUUGCCAAGUGCAAAGGUUUGCCAUUGGCAGUAAAGACAAUGGGGGGCUUGCUGCGUGGCAAUACUGAAUUACAAUAUUGGAGAAGAAUUCUGAGAAGCAAUACGUGGGAGUUAGAAGACCAAAACAUUCUGCCAGCUCUAAAAUUGAGUUAUAAUCACUUGCCAUCUCAUCUAAAGCAAUGUUUUGCCUUUUGUUCCGUAUUUCCCAAGGCAUAUGCUUUCGAUAAGAAAGAGUUGGUCAAACUCUGGAUGGCUCAAUCCUUUGUUCAACCCAUAGAACAAAACAACACAGAAGAGAUUGGAAGUGAAUAUUUUGAUUUCUUGCUCACGAGGUCCUUCUUCCAACUGUUGAACAUCAACAAUAGCGUAAAAUAUAGAAUGCAUGAUCUUAUCCAUGAUUUGGCACUAUCAAUUUCUGGCCCACAGUAUUAUCAAAUCAAGGACAACAAUUUAGAUUUUCAGCCUGAAAAUUCUAGAAAUUGGCGUCACGUGUCUUUGCUUUGUCAAAAUGUUGAAGAGCCUUCCAUGAAGAUAGCCAAUCAUUCCAAGAAGUUGCGCACGCUUUUACUACCUCGUGAACACUUGACGAAUUUCGGUCAGGCUCUGGAUAAGCUGUUUCACUCAAUGAGAUACAUUCGAGCCUUGGAUCUGAGUUCAACCACAAUUACUGAAUUGCCAAGCUCCAUUGAAGAGUGCAAGCUGUUGCGCUACCUUGACCUCUCUCAGACACAGAUCAAAGAACUUCCCAACUCAAUUUGCAGCUUGUACAAUUUGCAAACUUUGAAGCUCUUGGGGUGUCUUUGUCUUUUCGAACUCCCUAAGGACCUAGGUGAUCUGGUUAAUCUUUGUCAUCUUGAGCUGGAUGACAUGUUCUGGUUCAAAUGCACCACUUUGCCAGCAAAUUUAGGCAACUUAAAAGGGCUAAGGAAUCUGCACAAAUUUAAGGUCGGCAAUCAAACUGGAUAUGCAAUCAGAGAAUUGAAAGAAAUGGUUUAUCUUACAGGAGAACUGCAUAUAUCAAAUCUUGAGGUUGCAGUGGAUGCAACAGAUGCUAAACUGAAUGAGAAGGAGAGGCUUCAGAAGGUAGUUUUUGAGUGGACUAGAAGAGAUGUCAAUUCACAAGAUGAAGCAGCAGAGGAGAUGGUGCUUAGAGACCUUCAACCUCACUCAGAUCUCAAGGAGCUUGUAAUUUCUAAUUACGGGGGAGCUAGAUUUCCAUCUUGGAUGACAGAAGGUCAGCUUCGAAAUCUGGUCUCUAUUUCCUUGUUUAAUUGCACAAAAUGCAAAAUCCUCUCUCUUGGUGGGCUGCCCAACCUCAGGUCUCUCUAUAUUAAAGAGAUGCAGAAUUUAGACAUAUUACAAUGCCCUUCCCUACGUGGGCUAAAGAUCAGUAGCUGCAGUAGACUAAGUGAGAUACCUGAGUUCUUGCCUAACCUGACAGUUUUGAAGAUCAAAAGAUGUGCUUCAUUGAAGGCUUUGCCUGUAACUCCAUCUCUGAUGUUCCUGAUACUGGUUGACAAUCUCGUUCUUGAGGAUUGGCAGGAAGUAAUAUUGCGAAGAAUCACCAGAAAUAAUCAAGGCGAGUUUGUAAGCCAACCCUAUCCAUCUUUAAUUGGCCUUCUGGAGAUGAAAGUUAUUAACUGCCCCAAGCUGCAAGCACUCCCACAAGCAUUUUCUCCACAGAAAUUGGAGAUAAGCGGGUGUGAACUGUUGACUGCCCUCCCACCUUCAAGGUUUGCACAACGUCUUCAGCAUUUAGCAUUAGACAGAAGCAAUAAUGGAGUACUACUAAGGGCAAUACCUGAUACCAACUCUUUAUACUCCCUGGUAAUUUCUAAUGUGGCAAAUGUCGUCUCUUUACCAAAACUGCCUAAUCUUCCUGGGCUCAAGGCUUUGUACAUCCACAAUUGUGAAGACCUUGAGUCUUUAUCUGAAGAGGAAGGAUCAUUUCAAAGCUUAUCAUCUCUCAGGUUAUUGUCAAUUCAAGGCUGUCAGAAGCUUGGGACAUUACCAAAUGAAGGCUUACCUACCCUCCUAGAGUGUUUGAGUGUUGGCUCUUGCCACAGUUUGCAAUCUCUGGGCAACAAGGGGACACUAAAAAGCCUCAUCUCACUCCAAGACCUUUACAUUGAAGAUUGUCCCCUGCUCCAGUCCUUCCCUGAGGAUGGCCUUCCUACAUCCCUUCAGCAUUUGUACAUUCAAAAAUGUCCGCAACUGACGGAGGGAUGCAAAAAGGAUGUAGGACCAGAAUGGACAAAGAUUGAAAACAUCCCUGACUUAGAAAUUGACUUGAUACAAGUACGCUCAACCCCACAACUGCCAAAGAAGAAACCUUGGUAUUAUCAUUUCGUCUGUGGGAAAGAUUUGGCAGGACUGAAUUCACAAAUAGAGAUGGAGCUAGGAGAAUCUUCUACUCCACCAGAAAAUUCUACAUACAGCUUCCAGCCUUGAGAAUUGAAGUAAAAAUGCUUAAACCUGAUUUGCUGGCAAUUGAAGUGGUUCAGAGACGGAUUUAUUCUGAAUUUUUAUACAGCACUGAACAGUGAUCAAGCGGCCGGCGAAAUUUUUCUGGCUUGGGAGUUGAAACUAAUAAGGUCAACUUGAUAGACAGGGAGAUUGUUACUUGGUGCCAUUUCGAAGCCAUAUGUCUGCUCUCCUCAUCAUUGACGCGGUCUGUAAUGUACUUACCUAGAAAUUGUUGUCUUCUUGUGCAUUUUCUGUAUUUGCUUUGAGGCUUGUUAGGGCUUUGCUUGGUAUUUGCAACUUGUCUGCCUGUACUUCAUGAUUGAUAAAAGGAGCUCUGUCCUCCUGUAUUUUAAGAUCUAAUCUGUUUUAUGAAACUCAUGGAGCUUGAAUGGAA